AUGAAUUCAAUACAAUUGUUGACUUCCAAACUAAACACAUUAUGCUCAUCUCAACAGGAUAUCGUCAACAAUGUUGCAUCGCCAUCAUCCAACCAAAAUAACCAUCCCACUAUAACAAUAGAUUCCAGCCCCAUCAGAAACGACGGGGAGUCUGUUCUGCUAUCAACCAAUAAUACUGAUAAUAAUAAUAAUAAUAAUAAUAAUCUGUCCAAUCGACAUUAUCGUCAACCAUUCAACACAUUAGGUGAUAGCAUAAUAUUGGAAGACGAUAAUCUUGUGGAUCAAGAGGAUGACCGCCAAGAUUCACUGUCUUCCUCAACCUCCGGCAUCGAAUCCCAAUUUUUGCAAUCAAAAAUUAAGAGCUUUAUAAUCAUCGUCUUCAAUAUCGUGAUAUUUUUCCCAAAUUUACUCAUUCUUAGACCUUUGUUUUACAUUUGGUUUGUCAUCACUUUCCCCCUUAGAUUUCUUGAAGAAAAAUACGGUUCCAAUGAUGAUGAUGAUACCGACAAUACUAUUAAAGAAGACACUGAGCCCGAAUCUUUUGAUCAACCUUGUUCUAUAUCUCCUUCUAGAGCAUCAAUAAGAUCAGUGCCUAUCCCCUUGUCUACUUCUAAAUCAAAAAGCAUGAAUGAUGAAUAUGAUGACUUAGCCACCAUUAACUCCAUUGCUUCCAAUGCUUCUAUGAUAACAGAGAUCAACCAAUUGAAAUCGCCCACAUCCCCAAGUUCCUAUAUGUCUACACUUUUCUCAAGAUUGCCAAAAGUUUUCUUCUCUCCAUUGAAUUUUAACCCAAUUAAACAUCAGAAAAAGACAUUAAUUUUAGAUUUAGAUGAAACUCUAAUUCACUCUUUGUCAAAAACUAAUAGGAUGUCUACCGCACAUAUGGUAGAAGUCAAGCUUCACAAUAAUUUGGCCUCGUUAUAUUAUGUUUACAAACGCCCUUAUUGUGAUGAGUUCCUUUCACUAGUAUCUAACUGGUUUGAACUUUACAUUUUCACUGCUAGUGCCCAGGAAUAUGCGGAUCCAGUAAUUAAUUGGCUUGAAAAAGAUAGAAAGUUUUUCAGCAAAAGAUAUUAUCGUGAUUCCUGCACAUUAAGACAGGGGACUGGUUACAUCAAAGACUUGUCAAUCAUAGGGAUAGAUUUGUCGAAAAUAAUUCUUGUCGACAACUCUCCUAUUAGUUACUCUUUGAAUUACGAAAAUGCGUUAGAUAUUGAAGGGUGGAUCGAUGAUCCUACAGAUAAUGAACUACUACAAUUGUUGCCAUUGCUCAAUUCAUUGAGAUUUGUCACUGACGUCAGAUAUGUUUUGGGAUUGAAAAAUGGUGAAGAAGCGUUCAAAUGA